ACUAUCUCAGAUAACAUGACAUUGUCCGGGACACUAACAGCCAUUGGUGGGCUUACAGUUUUGUUCCUCCUGCUGAAACUGGCUUGGAGAUGCUGGUGUGGAUUCAGGACUUUCGUGCUCUCAGAGGUUUGGCAAGUGGACUUGAAGACAUAUGGGCAAUGGGCAGUUGUCACAGGAGCCACGUCUGGGAUAGGUAAAGCUUAUGCCGGCGAGCUGGCCAGAAGAGGCCUGGACGUGGUGUUGAUAAGCCGAUCAAAAGAUAAACUUCAGCUGGUUGCUGAGGAGAUCGAGGCUCAGUACGGCCGAAAAACCCGGAUCAUCCAGGCGGACUUCACUGGAGGCCACGGCAUCUACCCCCCUAUAGCUGCAAGACUGCACAGCUUGAAUAUUGGAGUCCUUGUUAACAACGUCGGGAUGGCCUAUUCGGAAGACUUUGCACAUUUCCUCGACAUACCAAAUUCCGCAGAGACCAUCACUCAGGUCAUCAACUGUAACAUGCUGUCUGUAGCCCAGAUGACAAGGCUGGUUCUCCCACACAUGGUUGAAAGAGGAACAGGACUGAUCAUCAACAUCUCCUCCGAGGCAGGCGCACGGCCACAGCCAUUGCUGUCUCUUUACUCCUCCACCAAGGUCUUUGUCACAUAUUUCUCUCAAUGUCUGCAUUCAGAGUACAAGGCAAGAGGAAUUACUGUUCAGUGUGUGGCCCCCUCCAUGGUGUCCACCAACAUGACGAACAACCGUCCGGUCAACUGCCUCGUGAAGAACGCCUCCGACUUUGCCCGCGAGGCCUUGAACACCGUAGGCCAUUCAAACCACACCUGCGGCUGCCUCUCUCAUGCACUUCAGAACAUGGCUCUCACGGUACUGCUGCCGGACUGGAUUCGUUUGUCCUCGUUCUUCCUCAGAACGUUAGAUCACCAUGCAAAAUGCAGGAAGUGUCAUCAGACGGAGAAGCCCAUAGCAAAGGAUGACUAG